UGGUAGCCACAUAUAUAGUGGCUCAUAUUCAAGACUAAUACGAAGUACAUAAGAGAGCUUUCAUACAUUCCAUAGCCCGUUUUCAUACACGUGGAUAGUUCCACCCCGACAUCACACUUCGUUUACCACUUCCUCUUAUUCUUUUUUCUUAAAAACUUGUAGACUUUUUCUACCAUGGUGCCGAAGGUCGACGAAGGCGAGAACCUCGCUCGCAUGGAACGCGGGGAGCUCUACUACGCCUUCACUCCGCAACUAAUAGCCGAGCGACAACGAUGCGCACGUAUCCUUGGCCGACUCAACAGCGCUGGAGAGUUAACCCGGCGCGAGAUCGCAGAAUACUGGAAAGAAAUAACCAAGGAUGAUCGCCCUCUUCCUCCUCCGGCAGCAACAGACGAAGAAGAGGAUGCGAUCCUUCACGAAUACCCCUGGGUUGAAAGACCGAUCAGAAUGGACUAUGGGACCAACGUUAAAGUCGGAAGCAAUGUAUUCAUAAAUGUUAACUGUACUAUAAUUGAUACCUGCACGGUGUCAAUUGGGUCACGAACUCUCGUCGGUCCGAAUGUAUCCUUUUUUAGCGGGACGCACCCCCUGGAUCCGGAUCUGCGCAACGGCACCAACGGGCCAGAACUCGGCAAGCCGAUCACCAUCGGUAGCGACUGCUGGAUAGCCGGAAACGUAAUAAUACUCCCCGGCGUGACGGUCGGCGAUGGGAGCACAAUCGGUGCGGGAAGCGUUGUGACCAAGGUAAGCAAAGCCUAGGCCUGCCGCUACUGAUAGAUUACAGUCGGUCUAAUUGUGAAUAAUUAUCUGCAUAUAGGACGUCCCCGCUUAUCACUGCGUAGCUGGGAAUCCUGCUAAAAUACUUCGCAAGAUUGAGCGAAAAUUUAAAGCCGAACAGGAGGCUCUAAAAAGUAAGCUUGAGACACCCGAGUCGUAAACUCGGAAACGUUAAUGGAGGCUUGUAAAAUAAACCUUUUCGUAUAGAUCGUAAUCCUAGGCCCGGAUGGGUGCGAUUAAGUAGUUAGACUUUUAUUGAGCCAAUACAACCGGAAGAUGUUGUCGAAUUUCUCUUCCAAAGGGCUAUAUAUUUAUAUGAGCUUUUGGCCAGUGAAGAUGAGCUAUAAAUCCUGGCCGGUCGUGUAAACGUUUCUCGAUAUCUUCAAGUACC